ACUAGAAUGCCUCCUUUCGUUAUAUAAAGUAUAAGCCUUUUAAGUGAAUGUUUGCUUCUUUUUUUUGUUAUUUUUCGUAUAUACAAUAAUAUAAAAUGAAUUCAAUACCUCCCACUAAACCUCCAAGGGGCAUCAAGCCAACAAAAGAAUCAAGUGGUUUAUUAAUUUCUGUGAUACGUGCUUUAUCGGCAAGUGAAACUAAUGAACAAAGAGAAAUAGAAAAAGCUAAACUUGAGAAGGAAUAUAAAAAGAGUGAUCAACGACUUGAUGAGCUUGUCUCAUUGCAUGAUCAAGACCUUACACAAGUUAUGCAAAUAUUUAGUGCUCUAUCAGAGAAAGUGACAGCUUCAAGAGAAAAAAUUCACGCAGUUAAAGAAAACUUGAAUGCUUGUAAACAGUUAUUAAGAUGUAAACGGGAAGAAUUAUUAAAUUUGUGGUUGGAAGGAAUUGAACACAAACACGUGUUGCACCUUUUAAAAGAUGUGACCCCUGAUUCUUGUACUCGAAUGUUACCUUUAACUGAUACAGAUGCACUGUCAGUGCCUACCCAAUAUAAUGUAACAUCAGAUUAAUAAUUACUCAUAGAUAGAUGUACUAAAUAAAUUGUAAUUUUGUUUUGUAUUUAUGUACUAUAAUGAAUAAAUUAAUUGUAAACUAAAA